UUCAGCCCCACAAAUGAAAACGACAAAUUCAAAUCCCCUUUUUGUAUAUAAAAUCCCUAAACCAGUGAUUCAAACGAUCAUCGCUAAACAUACGAUCGAAAUUUUUUCUUGUAAAUUAUACAUAUGAAGCUAUUUUCGGAGUUCAUGUCCUGCUGGGGCGGAGCAGCGGUCACUCCGGCGGAGGAUUCCGCCGGAGGCAGGCGUAACGCGGAGGAGGCAGCGGAGUUCUGCCGCGAUCACGGUAGGGCGGCGGCCUGCCGGAGGGCGCAUAACUGGAAGCCGAAGCUGAAUGCGAUCUCGGAAGACCGCCCGAUCGCGGUUGCGGACGGGACCGGCGUUAAUCCGCGGGAGGGCGGAGGUGUCGUCGGGAAACGGUCGGUGAAGGUGAAACCUAAAUCGGCGGCUGCGAAGGCUGCGCCGCUGCGAAUUCACGAUGGGGACUACUGGAAAUCUGCACAAAUGAUGGCCGUGCCGGCGUUUGCUCCAACGUCGUUUUCGUUCUGAAUGCGAUCAGAGCUCAACUCAUCUUUCUUCUCGUGGUCUGCUAAAAUUUGUAUAUUCUCCAGUCAAUAUAUAUUUUCUUUCCCUAUUUUAGUUUAGAUUUUCUUUUUUACGUGAGUUUAGAUUUUCUUUGUGAGACUUUUAUUAAGAUAUUUUUUAGCAAAUUAAAAUUAUUGUAGUUCUUGAGAAGUGUGUUGGGACGACGACUACUGUUGUUAUUAUUAUUAUUAUUAUU